GUGUUAUUUACAAUCUUCGCGCGCUUUGUGGGGAAAAGCUCUAAAGCCACCUGAGUAUUGUCUGACGGAAGGGUUUUCAGCGGAGGAUAAGCUGGACCAUCACGACCAAUGGCCAUACAGGAAGACCAUUUGAAAGAGGACAUAUUCUCCGACAGCUAUCUGGACGCCUUCUACAAGGCGCACGUAGCAGCGCGGAGCGGGCGAGGGAAUCUGGACGAAGACAUAGCCGCCCUCGAGGCAGAGAUCCGCAAAGUUCAGAGGUACAGGUCACAGUUCCAGACCUACCGGUGGGACACUCCUCUCAACUCGUGUGCCAGUUCUGAAUGUUCUGAUGACGAUAGUGAUCUGUCUCCAGUGGAGUGCAGCAAGACUUCCGUCUUCAAGGUCUACAAUAGCAGCUGCUCUAAGAUUAAUGGGGAAACCCCUGUUGCUAAGGGACCUAGUAUAUUUUCAUGGGCACUACGGCAACAGAUUCUGCACGACCACACCUACUGUCGUCCCAGUUCCGUUCCACCUCAGAUAGCCAUCGAUCAUGGAACAGUGACGAUAAAGAACAUUCCAUGGCACCAGUUGUCCCCAGUCAAGAGAGCCCGAGCUGUGUCUCGCCUCUCUUCCAUCCUCCAACACCAGCCAUCCUCCGACGAAGACCCUCUCUCCCCCUCCUCCUUCGAAUUCCUUCCUUUCUCCCUCGCCAAGUCCCUCCAGAGAAAUUCCUGUGCAGCUGGUGUCUCGUUAGCAAAGGGGUCGGCUCUGCUAAAGGGGAGGCUGAAGAGCAAGGCUGCCAUGGUAACCUGUCAGAGGAUUGACAUCAGAGGCAUUAGGAAUAAGAGCAGAGAUCAGGUACUAGGGUCUGGCAGUAGUAGAAACACAUUACGGAAGAGGAGGCAUUCGCCAUAUAUCCAUCGUCGCAGCACAGGCAGUGUGGAGGAAUUGGUAUCUAGCCCCCAUGCAGAAACAUGCAUGUUUGCCCCGCCCCCUCAGCUAAAAUUAUUGCCGUAUGUACAAUGGCAACCCGUGUUAGGAAGAAUAGCUCUGGAUCCGAGGAGAUGGACAUAAUAAUCGACUAGUCGCCCGAGUCUCUGUCUCAUCAGGUGAUGACAUGACGACACCUGCGGACGCCGAUUAGUAACCAAUUCCCCCAUCACUUUUGUUGUUGUUGUUGUUGUUGUUGUACAGAAUUCACCAAUACAAAAUGUUCACAUUGACAAUGACAGUGAUAUAUAUAAAUAUAUAAAUAUAAAGCGGUAUACGAAGUAUAUAAGUCUGGAAGUUAGUUGCCAUUAAUUUGUGUCUGAAGUGAUUGCGCAUGCCUCACCAGCUGCGAACUGAAGGACAGUCCUGACCAGCCACUAACUUGAGGUAGGCACACGCUGCAGAGCGAAGCAGAGCAUUGCAGGCAGAAGAGUAGCGCCUGGCCUUAGCCACCAGAGGAUCGUUCUGUGCCCAGGAGGGUUUGCCUGCUGCCCCGGGGAGAGAGGAGGGGGUGUCAGGUGUUUUCCAAGUAGAUGGCGUCUCAGUUUCUGCCCAGGAGGAGGUGGGUGCCUCAGUAGUGUCUAACGAUGUCUCUUCCCAUGUGGGGGAAGAGGGUGUGUUGUCAGUUUUCCAAGUGGAUGGUGUCUCGGUACUUCCUGACCAAGUGGAUGAUGUCUCGGUACUUCCUGACCUGGAUGAUGUCUCGGUACUUCCUGACCAAGUGGAUGCUGUUUCGGUACUUCCUGACCAAGUGGAUGCUGUUUCGGUACUUCCUGACCAAGUGGAUGAUGUCUCGGUACUUCCUGACCAAGUGGAUGAUGUUUCGGUACUUCCUGACAAAGUGGAUGGUGUCUUGGUGGUUUCUGUCCAAGUGGACGGUGUCUCGGUAGUGUCGGUC